AUGGUUAGGGGAGUGAAUUUCACAGAGUCAAUGAUCUUUGCAGUCAAGCAGAUUAAUCAGGAUCCAGUAUUACUGCCAAACAUCUCAAUGGGAUUUAAGAUCUCUGAUUCAUGUGACACUGUGGGUCAAGCCUUGGAAGGGACAAUGUGGUUUCUUACUGGAAAAGAGCCAGUUCCUAAUUACCGUUGUGCAUCCAAACCUCCUUUAGUUGCCAUAAUUGGGGAUUUGCGGUCACAUAUGUCUAUUCCAAUGGCAAGACUUUUAGGCAUUUAUAGAUAUCCACAGAUCAGUUAUGCCUCAUCUGUUGUAACACUUAGCAACAAGCAAGAGUUUCCAUCCUUUUUCCGUACAAUUCCGAGUGAUGAUUUUCAGUCACUUGGCCUUGCCAGAUUACUGACAUACUUUUCCUGGACAUGGGUAGGCAUUUUGGCUGAGGAGACAAACUACGGGCAGGCAGGCAGUCAGAUGCUUAAGGAGGAAAUAGUAAAAGCUGGUGCUUGCUUUGCUUUCUUUGAGACUAUUCCUAUUACAUUCUCUCCUACAAAAGCUAAUUUCCUAAUUAAUAUGCUUAAACAGUCCUCAACAAAUGUAAUAGUAGUAUUUUCAACCGAUGCCAGCUUCUAUCCUCUUGUUGAAGCUAUUAGUAGAAAUAAGAUAACUGGCAAAGUUUGGGUAGCGAGUGAUGGCUGGUCAACAUCUUCGUUACUUAAUAAGAAUGACCUUCUGGGCACUUUACAUGGAACCCUUGCAUUUUCUAUUGCAAAUGGCUACAUACCAAAGUUUAAGGAGUACCUUUAUAACAUCAAUCCAAUGAAAUCUCCAGAGGAUAUAUUUCUUAAAAUGUUCUGGGAAACACUUUUUGGCUGUGAGUGGAAAAGUGACAGAUAUAACCAGUCAAGCAGCAGUAUCAAAGAAGAAAGUAAAUUCUGUAAAGGAGAUGAAAACCUAGAAAAAGAAAGCAGUCUUUUCUUCAAUGAAAAUAAUAUCCGAAAUGCUUAUAAUGUCUAUAAUGCCGUGUAUGCUCUUGCCCACUCAGUACACAGUCUGUAUUCGUGCAAGCCUCCAAGUGGGCCCUUUGUGAAUGGAUCAUGUCUGGACAUAAUGGACUUCAAGCCAUGGCAACUUGUACACUACCUUUGGAAAGUUCAUUUUCAGACAACUGUUGGAGGUGAGAUGUAUUUUGAUGCAAGUGGAAAUCCUCCUGCUAUUUAUGAUAUUGUAAACUGGAAGAAAACUGAAAGAGGAGCCCUUCUGUUUUCUAAAGUUGGACACUUUGACUUCAGUUCUCCCAUGGAACAGAGCCUCAUAGUAAACAAGAGUUCUAUUCAGUGGAAUGGAGAUUACACAGAGAUACCAAAGUCAGUCUGCUCAGAAAGCUGUUUUAGGGGAUACAGAAAAGCAGCUCUUCCAGGACAACCGAUUUGCUGCUUUGCUUGUGUUGCAUGUUCAGAAGGGGAAAUCGCCAAUGAAAGUGAUUCCACAGACUGCUUCAAAUGCCAAGAUGAAUACUGGCCUAAUGGAAGACGUGAAGCUUGCAUUGUUAAAUCUGUCGUUUUCCUUUCCUAUGAAGAGACAUUGGGGGCUGUUUUACUGUGUGCAGUUAUAUUUAGUGCACCGAUUCCUGCCAUCAUCCUGGUUAUUUUUCUGAAGAAUCAAAAUACACCUAUAGUUAAAGCCAACAAUCGAGAAUUGAGCUACCUUCUUCUUUGGGCACUUGUCCUUUGUUUUCUGUGUCCUCUGAUAUUUAUUGGUUAUCCCAGCAAAUUGAUGUGCAUGUUCCAACAAACUGUAUUUGGUAUGAUUUUUACAUUGUGUGUCUCUUGUGUUUUGGCCAAAACAAUAAUGGUUGUCAUUGCAUUCAGAGCUGCAAAACCAGGCAACAACCUAAAGAAAUGGGUCGGCACAAAAUUGCCAAAUACACUGGUCAUUGUAUGUACAUUAGGUCAAAGUCUGAUCUGUGCAACAUGGUUAAGUGUAUCACCUCCAUUUCCAGAAAAAAACAUGAAAUCACAACAAGGGUUGAUAGUAGUACAAUGCAAUGAAGGAUCAAUUGUGGCAUUCUGGUGCAUGAUGGGAUAUAUGGGUCUUCUGGCUAGUGUCAGCUUCAUAAUGGCAUUUCUAUCCAGAAAUUUGCCUGACAGCUUUAAUGAAGCAAAAUAUAUCACUUUUAGUAUGCUUAUAUUUGUAAGUGUCUGGUUGUCAUUUAUCCCUGCUUAUCUUAGCACCCGUGGGAAGUACAUGGUUGCAGUAGAAAUAUUUGCUAUUUUAUGUUCCAGUCUAGGUUUGCUGUCAUGUUUAUUUUUCCCAAAGUGUUACAUAAUGCUAAUAAGGAGUGAAAGGAAUACUAGAGAAUUUGUCAUGAGGAAAAAUGAUUCAAGUAAAACAACAGACUGA